AUGGCGCAGUACAGGCAAUCCGGCGGUGGCUUCUUCGACUCCCGUGGCGGCGGGGCCCACCACCCGCUCCCGGACUACCACCGGGCACACCCCUCCAAACCCUCCCGGAUCCGCCGCCCCGGCAAACCCGCGCGCCGCCGCUCGCCGGCCGUUGCCGCAGCUGCCGCUGCAGUCCUGCUCCUCGCUGGCGUCUUCAUCCUCUCGCGCCGCCUCUCUCGCGACCCCGCAGAGAUCGGAGAGGAUUCGGGUGGCGGGGAGGGUUUGCCGGAGUGGAACCGGAGCAAGAACUGGAAGGAGCUCAAGUUCGGCCAUGGCGGUGGUGGCAGGAGUGCGCGGGAUUCCAGGUACUGGGACCAGGACGAUCGACGGCGCGACGAAGACUACUCGGAGGACGAGAAGGAGAAGGUCUUCGGUGCAGGUGGAAACACUGCUGAUGCUCGUGGUGGCAGUGAGAAAAGCGUGAGCUCUGAUCCCGGUAUUGAGGAGAAAGGGUUGACCUUGGAUACCAGGGGUGGUGCUGACAAGGAGGUUCCAGAGUUGGCUGAAGGGGGGAAAGGAGGCACCUUGUACAAUGAGGGUGGCAGGAAAGAGCUGGAGCAGUAUGAGGCGGCUUCCAUGGGAGUGGUGGGCACGGGGAUGAGGGAGGUUGAUCCAGAUGAUGAGUAUGAUGAUGGCAUUGAUGAUCCCGAUGAUUCUCAGAUGCAUUCUGCCGGUAGGAAGCUUGGUGAUGGUAUUCAUGAGAACAUAGGGAAGGAAGAGAGUGCUGCCUUGGAGAGACACAUGAAAGCAGGUGGAAGGAUUAGUGAUGGCGGUGAUGCUGUUAACACGGAUCAAAAGAAAGCUUCGGGUACUGGUGAUAAGAAACAUGGGUCCAAGAAGAAACCAAAGCGUAAAAAGUCUGGUGAAUUAACUGAAAAUGUUAGCACACAAUGGUAUCAUGGUUCAACUUGUGAAAUGAAGUUCCUGAACUCCACUGCUCAACUUGUAGAGCCUGCAAAAAAUGAAAAAUUUGCUAGCUUUAAGUUGGAAUAUGUAGAGAUUGAACAAAAACCAGCUGGAUCAGAAAAUUGGGAGCCAAGAUUUGCUGGCCACCAGACUCUACAGGAAAGGGAGGAGUCAUACGUAGCUCAUGACCAACAACUGACAUGUGCUUUUGUUAAGGGGCCUAAUGGAUCAAGCACUGGUUUUGAUAUAUCUGAGGAUGACAGGAAGUACAUGAGCAAAUGCCGCAUCGCUGUAUCUUCCUGCAUCUUUGGAAACUCUGAUCGUCUGAGGACUCCAUUUGGCAAAACAAUUACAAGUCUCUCAAAGAAGACAGUUUGUUUUGCUAUGUUUUUGGAUGAAGUCACAUUGCAAACUUUGCUAUCUGAAGGCCAAAAAAUGGACAACAUGGGUUUCAUUGGUGUAUGGAAGAUCAUAUUGAUUAAGAAUAUGCCUUAUAAUGACAUGCGGAGGGUUGGGAAAAUACCAAAACUUUUGGCGCAUCGACUUUUCCCAUCGUCAAGAUUCUCGAUCUGGCUGGACAGCAAAUUGCGACUACAAACAGAUCCUAUCCUUAUCCUAGAAUAUUUUCUUUGGCGGCAUGGUUAUGAAUAUGCUAUUUCCAAUCACUAUGAUCGACACUGCGUAUGGGAGGAAGUGGCACAAAAUAAAAAGCUGAACAAGUUCAAUCAUACAAUAAUUGAUCAACAGUUUGAGUUUUACCAAGCUGACGGACUGACAAGGUUCAACUCAUCGGAUCCCCACAAGCUGCUACCAAGCUAUGUCCCUGAAGGUUCUUUCAUCGUGAGGGAACACACACCGAUGUCCAACUUAUUCUCUUGUCUGUGGUUCAAUGAGGUUGAUCGCUUCACACCUCGUGACCAGCUCAGCUUUGCAUAUACAUACUUGAAGCUUAGAAGAAUGAAUCCUAAGAAGUCGUUUCGCCUCAAUAUGUUUAAGGAUUGUGAGAGACGAUCAAUGGCAAAACUAUUUCAUCAUCGAUCGGAAGAGAGACAUAGCAGUGGACAGCUAACAAGAUAA